AUGACAAAAAUAAAUUCUCAUAAAAUCUUGAAGCGUAAACUUUUGCAAAGCAUAGAUUCUCAGCGGAUUCCCUCAACAUCAUUAAAGCAACAACAAAAAACGCGCAACAUAAUAAGCCCUCCACCGAAUUUGACUUUGCCAUUUCCACCUCACAUUGUUCCAGAAAACUUAAUCAAUAAAAAGUCGUGCAAACUUCCUUCUAAACCACCAAAUGCUUUCUUCAUCUAUCGUAAAGUUUAUACUAACGAAUUGGUUGCUCAAAACAUGCGAUUUAAAAUGACCGACGUUUCUUCAUGGGUCUCAAUUUCUUGGAAACUUGAACCUGAGGAGGUCAGGACAAAGUAUAAAGAAAUUGCAAGGGAGGUUCGAAAAAUCUAUAAGCAAACAAAACUCGAUGCAAAUGAUGAAUCAAACCCCUCAUCGGUUAAUGUUAAUGAUUCGUCAGAUUCAUGCGCAACUCAACCUUCUUCAACAUCUUUACCAAUUCAUCCGCUUAAUAAAGAUCACUUGAAUUCCGAUCCAGAAUUAAUUCCUGGAUAUUUCGUUUGCGAUCCAUCAAAUAAUACGGAAUUACAAAACCCUGUUGUCGAUAAUGAUUUUUACUAUUGUAACAACGAUUCAUCGUUAAAUUCUUCUUCUACGAUUAACGAUCCUACUUUGUCUGGAUCAUGGCAGUACGAAUAUUAUAAUUUACCCCCAACGAUUUUUGAAAAUAUAAGCGCUGAGUUAUCAUAUUCUGAAAAUAUGGAAUUACCAAAUAACGUUACUACUCAAUUUGAAGCGGAACCUUGGGUAUUUGAAAACUUUGAUGUUUUAUAUGAAAAUACUAAUACGUUUGAAAUGGGUCAUCAAUCCUAA